CUAGUCUUGGAAAGUGUUGAUGUUGUUGUUCUGAUAAUGAGUUAAAUAUUGGACGCACGGAAAGUUGUUUGCAUCGAAGGUAAAUAAUAAAGGUUGUGUCAACAUUAUUAAAGUUAACAAUAAACUAAAAUAUAGAGUAUAUAAUUAAAGUAACUGAUGCUGAAAGAUGAGCUCAGGUACAAAACUGCACUGAAGUGUGAGGGAUCUAGGCCAAUCACUUCCCAUUAUGUCGUCGCAGAGAAAAGCAAUCGUCUACGCCAAUGUCCGACAGUUCACCGAGCAAGGUCAUGAUUUUCUGAAAAACGGAGACCCAGAAACUGCUGCUAAAUGUUUUUCAAGUGCUCUUGAAAAAGCAGAACUUUAUGGAGACGAGUAUUUGGUGCGAGCUUGCUCCUUUAACGCGGGGUCUUGUCUGGUGGCCUGUGGCCAACCCAGUCGUGGUCUCGUUUACCUUACACGAGCUAUUCCUCCCAACAAUCAAUCAGAUGGACUACAAAAUUUUGCAGAUUUGGAAUAUAAUAUCGGCAUAGCGCAGCAUGCUAUUGGAGAUAUUGUGAAUGCCAUAGUUUCGUACGAAAAAGCUGCUGAUACAUACAAAGAUCUUGGAAAUCUGCCAUUGCAGGUUGAGACAUUGAAUAAAUUGGUAAUUUGCUACAAAUCAACAAAAAAAACAAAAGAAGCUGCAGAUACCCUUAAAAUUGUUGCCGAUUUACAUGAAAAAAUGGAAGAUAAAGAAAACCAAGCCAUUGCUUUAAGUCAGCUGACUGUUAUUCUAGCAGAGUUGAGGAAGAUGGAGGAAUGCAGUAAAAUUCUGAGCACAUUGCUUGAAGUUUGUCAUGAACUUGAUAAUCCAAAAUUACAAGGAAAAAUUUAUCUUGAUAUUGGAUUGUUAUACAGUUCAGAACAUUGUUACCAAUCCGCUAGUGAGUGCUUUGAGCAUUCUUAUCACACUUUGGAAAAUGUUAGUCGGGAGCAGAAGGAUCGGAUGCUUGAAGCUGUCGUUUUAUUGAAUAUGGGAGCUUCCUUAAAUCACCUAGAGCUUUAUGAACGGGCAAUUACUUUUCACAACAUGGCAAUAAAAAAGUUUGGAGAAGUUGAAGACAAAAAAUCCCAGAGUCAAGUCUACUGUAAUCUGGCGUAUGCUUUUUCUAAAACAGAAGAGUAUGAUGAUGCAAAGGGGGCAUUUUUAAAAGCAAUUGAAUGCUGUAAAGAGUGUCAAGAUACUACAGAGGAGUGCCUUGCCACUGAAGGCCUUGCAGCAAUUUACUUCAGAGAAAAUGACUACAAUAAUGCGAUUAAGUAUUACAAGGAAGCUUUAGCUAUUCUUACAAAAGCAACAGAGGUCAAUAGCACUCACAGUGAACGGAUUGUAAACAAACUUGCAGAAGCAGUUCAAUACCAACUAAGGCUAGACAACCAAGAGUUAGAGUAUACUGACUCAUCAGCCAAAAACGGCAAACAUAGAUAUGGACAAAGAAGGGAUAAACCUAAAUAUGGCAAAGUCAAUUCAUUAGUUGCUAAAGGUUUAGAAGAAUCGCAUGGUGAACAUGAGCUACGCUCCUUGUCAUUGGACGAGAGCUCGUACAGUGACUCAUCCUCUUCUUACAGUGACUCAAUCAAAACACAGGACCGUAAAAAUUCAAGACGAAAAAUAUCUGAACCUGAAAAAAUUGUCGCUGAUGUUGCUGAUAAUUAUGAGACAGCUAAUGGCAGUCAUAAAAAGCAUAAUUAUUACAAUAGACAGCAUAUUAUGAUGCAUUCUAAUGGCAACAGGGAGAUGCAAGAUGGUUACGUCAGGGAGGAGCAUUCAGUUAAGCAAAGACCUCCCCCAGUGAAGAAUUCUGUGACAUGUGUUCUACAGUAGUUCAUGUAUUUUUUAUUGGUUCACAUAUUAGUGCCAUAUUGGUGGUGCAAAAUUUUGAUAUUUGGCCACAUUUGUUUAUAAUUAUCCUAGAAUGCCUGCCAAAAAUUUUGGAACACUGACAUCACCUUUCAAGGUAAAAUUCAGCCAUCUCCCUCUCCCCAAUGGCAUAGGAGAUAGAAUGUACCUUGUG